GGCGGGGCCGGAAGCGACGCACGGCUACUUCCGCUUCCACCGGGGCAGCACUUCCGGAUUGGGAGAAAGGUGGCGGCCCUCGGCGCGGGUGGUGUUUAAAAACGUUUUGCCAAAAUAAACCAUUGUUGUCAAGUUGCCCCACAGGAACAGAAUGGAAGGAGAAUUGAGCAGACUGGAAAUUCACACUCCAGUUUUUGACAAGAAAAAGAAAAAGUACUCUGUAUAUAAGGAAGGCCAUCUGAGGCAUCCCCAUGAAAGUGUCAGAGACUCCCCCCUGGCAAGCGAGCCGUCUCACGGAACCAAGAAUAAAAAAAAAAGGAAGGAUCGCCAGCAUCUCCUUCCUCCCCCUUCGGAAAAAUCAGAAAUUUGUGGUGAGAUGGAAAAGGCCACUUCUAAACCCAAAAAGAAUAAAAAGAAAAGGCAUAAGGCUUCAGAGAUGGAUGAGGAAGCAGGUGUGGUGUAUGUCGUAGUGGAUAAAGAAAAUAUCGAGAACACGCCAAAGAAUUUUAGGGGGGACGUUGACGUCGUGUAUGUUGACGUGAGCCAGGAACAGAAGCCAACAAAAGAGUCUGAAGCAGACGAACCGCAUUCAGUUCCAAAGUCACAGAAGAACGAGGCGGAAGAGCUGCACCAUAAAGUUAGGGAGAGAAAGAGGAGAAAACAUCACAGGCACAUGGCCUCCUGGGGUGCCGAGCAGGAGAGCCUUGCUGCCCUGCCCGAGUCGGAGCCCUGGGAGCAGGAAACCCCGCUUUCUGUGGACCCUGGAGGUGGAAUCCCACAACAACCAGUAUCAGCUGAUAAAAAAAAAAAGUCUAAGAAAAAAAAGCGAAAAAUUGCACAUGACCAGGAACUGGAGGCAUUCCCCGGGCAUGAGAGUCUCGAGGUCGCGUACUCUGAGGGAUGGCAAGGGGUCAGCGAGGUCGGGACUGCAGAAGGCAGCAAGGAAGCCGGCCGGGUAAAGAAAAAGUCUAAGAAAAGGAAGCGAAGGGCUUCUGUUGACGGUCCUGUAGCUCCUGGGGGUGAUUUUGCAGCGCCUGCUGCGAGCUUUGAGGAUACACACUCGGAUUCACUGGAACGUAGCAGUGCCCUGAUUGAAGAAAGCGUGAAACUCAGGCCACAGAAGAAGACCCAGGCCUGUUUGGGAGAGGAGCAGAGGUCAGAACCGACAAAUGAAGAGGAAAGCCGUUUGGAAUUGGCCAAAGAUUCCGAAACAAGAUACUUAUCAGAAGACUCAAGAGACUUGGGUGACUCGGAUGUGGACUUGGACUCCGCCGUGAGGCAGCUCCAGGAGUUCAUCCCGGACAUCAAGGAGAGGGCCGCCACCACCAUCAAGCGGAUGUACCGAGAUGACUUGGGGCGGUUUAAGGAGUUUAAAGCCCAGGGUGUCGCUAUUAGAUUUGGCAAGUUUUCUGUAAAGGAAAACAAGCAGUUAGAGAAAAACGUGCAAGACUUUCUGUCCCUGACAGGAAUUGAGAAUGCCGACAAGCUGCUGUACACAGACAGAUACCCAGAGGAGAAAUCUGUGAUCACCGACUUAAAAAGAAAAUACGCAUUUCGAUUGCAUAUCGGAAAGGGCAUUGCCCGGCCUUGGAAACUCGUUUACUAUCGAGCAAAGAAGAUGUUUGAUGUCAACAAUUACAAAGGCAGGUAUAGCAAAGGAGACACAGAGAAGUUAAAGAUCUACCAUUCCCUGCAUGGGAACGACUGGAAGAAGAUCGGCGAGAUGGUCGCUCGGAGCAGCCUCUCCGUCGCCCUGAAGUUCUCCCAGAUCAGCAGUCCGAGAAAUCACGGUGCUUGGAGUAAGACGGAAACCCAGAAACUAAUCAAGGCUGUCGAAGAAGUGAUUCUAAAGAAAAUGUCUCCCCACGAGUUAAAGGAAGUGGAUUCUAAACUCCAAGAAGACCCCGAAGGCCACCUGUCCAUCGUGAGGGAGAAACUCUACAAGGGCAUAUCUUGGGUAGAAGUAGAAGCCAAAGUAGAAACCAGAAAUUGGAUGCAGUGUAAAAGUAAGUGGACGGAAAUCCUAACCAAGAGGAUGACGAAUGGUCGGGACGUGUACCGCGGAGUUAACGCCCUACAGGCCAAAAUCAACCUCAUCGAAAGACUGUAUGAGGUCAACGUGGAGGACACGAACGAGAUAGACUGGGAAGACCUUGCUAGCGCCAUAGGUGAUGUUCCUCCAUCCUAUGUUCAAACUAAAUUUUAUAAGCUGAAAGCUACCUGUGUUCCCUUUUGGCAGAAGAAGACUUUUCCAGAGAUAAUAGACUACCUGUACGAGACCACCCUGCCUCUGCUUAAGGAGAAGUUAGAGAAGAAGAUGGAGAAAACGGGCGCGGAGAUCCCGAGUCCCGCGGCGCCCAGGCAGGUCUUCCUGUUCAGAGACAUCUUUUACCUUGACGACGACAGUGAGGGAGAAGAUGGGGAGGAGCGGAGGUAGGGGACAGCGUCGUGUCCUGUCUGCCUCUCGGGUGUGGUUGGGUUCCUGUGCCUGGGGCAGAGCAGCUGCUUGCAGGACUGAUGUUUAGUAGAGAAGGGGCGGCGGCCAGAGGAAGGGGACGCCGGCCAUGCUUCGUGUUACGGAGCCUCCAGAGCGACUCACCCGUUCAGACUCUGGUGUGUUUGCGCGCUCAGAGAAGGGGGGCCUCGGAGUUGAUUUGCUACGGCUGGACCACUGAGGACAAGCACAACCGGCAGACUUUAUGGAACGGCGUCCCCGGUCCCUCUCGUGGCAGAGCGUAGAGUCACGUCCCGCAAAUGUUCCUUCUGUGGAUUUCACCGCACACACGUUCCCCAAAAGGGGGACCGCUGACAGUUUUAGUAAGGCACACCAGCAGGUUCCUUUCCGCUUUCCCAUUUGUUAUCUCUGUUCCCAGAGUCUGUAAGUGCAGGAUAAGCGUCGUGAGGGCGUGGAUCUGCUGGUCUCUCAAACCGGCUUCCAUUGGCACGUCCCUGACUUGGUGCAAGGAGCGCCUCUUCCUCACGUGUUUUGCAUACAAGAUGCCUUCUC